GCGCUGCCCGCGCUCGCGGAACACUCUGUGCCCGCAUCUGUACCCCGCGCGCGCUCCUCCCGCACCCCGCGCGCUUCUCCCGUACCCUGCGCGCUCCUCCCGCACCCCGCGCCGCCGUCGAGAUGCUGCGCUGCGGCCUGGCCUGCGAGCGCUGCCGGUGGAUCCUGCCUCUGCUGCUGCUCAGCGCAAUCGCCUUCGAUAUCGUGGCCCUGGCCGGCCGCGGCUGGCUGCAAUCUAGCAACCACAUCCAGACGUCCUCGCUCUGGUGGCGAUGCGACCACGAGGGCGGCGGCGCCGGGUCGCGGGAAGAUGGUUGCGAGAGCCUCAUGGACUACGCAUGGGGAAGGGCAGCAGCUGCCAUGCUCUUCUGCGGCUUUAUCAUCCUGGUCAUCUGCUUCAUCCUCUCCUUCUUUGCCCUAUGUGGACCCCAAAUGCUUGUCUUCCUGAGAGUGAUUGGAGGCCUCCUGGCCCUGGCUGCUGUCUUCCAGAUCAUCUCCCUUGUAAUCUACCCUGUGAAGUACACACAGACCUUCAAUCUUCAUCUCGAUCCUGCUGUCACUUACAUCUAUAACUGGGCCUAUGGUUUUGGCUGGGCAGCCACCAUCAUCCUGAUUGGCUGCGCCUUCUUCUUCUGUUGCCUCCCCAACUAUGAAGAUGACCUGCUGGGCAAUGCCAAGCCCAGAUACUUCUACACGUCUGCCUAAGAGGGGGAAGUUGCUGAAGACUGUUCCUACUGCCAAAAUACAUCCCAGAGGAAGAAACUGUCUUCUCUAGCAUACUUUAAACCUUUUUGGGGACAGUGCUUAGAUACUAAUUUUGGUAAAAUAUUUUUAAAUUGUAUUACAGUUUCAUAUUCAUCUUUUCUGUUUUGUAGAGUUUAUUGAGACUUAUCUAACUGUAAUUUGGCAAUAUUUCAUUUGUAUCCAUACCAUUUACACUGCCUUAAUAAAAUAAUAGGAAUGUCAAACUUACCACUUUAUAAGGUAAAAAGGAGAAGGUUUCAAAGAUUUAUAUAAUCUGAUCAAAUCUUCCUUCAGUGCCCACAACUCUAUUUUUUUUAAGCCAGAUGGUAUGGUCUGGGUUGUUAAGGACUAAGGGAAACAUAUCUAAAAAUUGAUUAAAAUUGACCAGUGACCAAAUACUCUAAAAUAAAUACAAAAAAUGUGUGUAAGCCCUUUUCUAUUUAAUAAAGCAAAGUUUUCCUGAAUGCAUAUCAUGUGUGAGACUUUCCGAUUAAUAUCUUGAACAAGUGACUCUUUGUUAAGCUCACAUUAACUUGGUAUGUUGUAUAAAAAAUAUUUUUUUUCAUGGCUUUGGCCUAUUAUAAUAGUAAGGACUCCUUAUGUAAGACAUAUUAAGAUGAAAUUUUCUCUUUUAAGUGGUCUGUAGGAUUGGGGUAUAGGGUAAACUCUAUAUUAAUAGAUAUGUGCUAUUUGGAGUCUAUAUGCUCACAACCAGAGUAAACAGGCUGGAAUAUAGAUUGACUCUAAUUUAUCUGGACUGAUACAUAAGAGUUUUAACAAAGCAUUCAGAGAGCUAUGACUGUCAUAAAGUUAAUAUGUAAACGGCGUUACAGGUAGAAAUGGCUUAAAUUUUCAUCUCAGGUUUUACGGGGCUCUGAACAUGUAGACGCAAUUUCUAAUAGAUAAGUAACUGUAAACAAAAACUUCAUUGUAAUUCAAAACCUGGUCUCUUUGGUCAACUGAUUUAAACUAUCUAAUGUUAAAACGUGCAAAUAAUAACAUGUUAUUAUUAUUAUUUUUUACGAUUUGUACUUUCAUAAUGGAAACCAAUUCAUUUUAUAUAUCAAAUAACUAUUUUGUAAGUUGAAGAAUAAGCAAUUGAUGUUUUCAUUAUGAAUCUUUCCCAAUAAACCAGGUAUUCUAACUCUU